AGAGAGACCACCGCUUCUUCUAAUCCUUUCUCCAUCAGUUCGUCAGUUCGUACACAAAACGCGCAUUCUUCACCAUGCUUCGCAAUCUUGCUCGCCCAGCCAUCCGCACCGCUCAGCGUCGCUGCGCCUCUACCACCACUCCUAUUACUUCAGAGAUCCCUCUUACUAAUCUUGAAUUGCGCUGGAAGACCCUCUCUGCCCAGGAGCAGGGCUCGCUUGCCAAACACCUGGAGCAGAUUCAGGCUGGCGACUGGACCAAGAUGACUCUUGAACAGAAGAAGGCUGCCUACUGGGUCGCCUUCGGCCCUCAUGGUGCCCGUACACCUCUCACCGGCCCUAACCAUGGUCUCAAGGUUGCUGCUGGUACUGCUGGUGUUCUCGCCGCCGCCACUGCUCUCUUCCUCUGGAUUCGCUCUAAGGGUAGCGAAAAGCCUACCACUACUACCAAGGAGUGGCAAGAGGCCUCGAACGAGUAUGCUCGUGCCAACAAGAUCAACCCCAUCACUGGUAUUUCCUCCGAAAACUACAAGGGAGAUGGCUUCAUCCACCUCACCAAGAAUUAAGCAAUCAUUACAAUAUUACAUUAAAAGUAUGCGGGAAUAUGAACGAAGGAAUGAAAUUAAAGGCAAUUUGUUACAAAAAAAACCGUUC